AAGAGCUCCCACCCAUCCCCGCCGUGCCCGUGCUCCCCCGUCCCAAGGGGAAGGAGCUCUCUCUCCCCCCCUCCGCAGUCCAAACGAAAUUAAGAGAAAUCUCCCCCAAAGUUUUCGAAUCCUCACCCAAAUCGGUUUGAAUCGGCCACCCACCCCACCAAACGAACCCAUCUGGUUCCGGGCUCUGGUGGCCGUGGCGACUGGCGAGCGAGCGAGCACCCCAUCUCGCCCCGCCCGCCUCCCAUGGCGUUUCACGUCGCGUGCCCCAUCACUUGCCGGAGGGUGUGCGACUGCGAGCUAGGGUUCGGCGCCGCGAGGGCCAGUAACAGGGCGGGGGCAUGGGCGGGCGCUGCGGCGGCGCUCGAGGGCUUCCUCGCCGAUCCGUGGCUGCUGAGGCCGGCGGGGGCCGGGGAUGGCCUAGAGCCCGGCACGGUGCAGGUGGAGGUGCCGCCGCUCGAGCUGCCGGAGGAGGGCGAGGACGAGGCGUGCAGGGCGGCCAUGCAGCGCCAGGCCGCCGCCGCCGAGGACUUCGCCAGGCGCCUCGAGGGCGCCUAUGGAUCUCCGGAGGCUGAAGGAGAUGAAGAUGACUCAGACCGAGAAGAUCAAGGGAAUGCUGCUGUCAAGGUUAUGUGCCGCUUAUGCUUCUCUGGAGAAAACGAGGGCAGCUCAAAAGCUGCCAAAAUGCUUCCAUGCAAACUCUGCAACAAGAAGUAUCAUAAGAAGUGUGUGAAAAACUGGGGUGAACAUAGAGAUCUCUUCCACUGGAGCUCGUGGAUCUGUUCCUCUUGCCGCAGCUGUGAGGUGUGUCGGCGGCCUGGUGAUCCCAAUAAGUUAAUGUUUUGUAAAAGGUGUGAUGGAGCCUAUCACUGUUACUGUCAGCAACCCUCACACAAGAAUGUUACUCAUGGACCAUAUUUAUGUCCAAAGCAUACAAGGUGUCACAGCUGUGGAUCUGGUGUACCUGGGAGUGGCCAUAGCACAAGGUGGUUUUUGGGGUACACAUGCUGUGAUGCUUGUGGGCGGUUGUUUGUGAAAGGAAACUACUGUCCAGUUUGCUUGAAGGUUUAUAGAGAUUCUGAAGUGAUACCUAUGGUUUGCUGCGACGUUUGUGAAAAGUGGGUACAUAUUGAAUGUGAUGGCAUCAGCGAGGAAAAGUACCAGCAGUUCCAAGCUGACCAAAAUCUCCAGUAUACGUGCGCAUCAUGCCGUGGUGAAUGCUCCCAGAUCAGGGAUGCAGAAGAUGCAGUUAGGGAGCUUUGGAAGAGGAGGAACGUUGUUGAUCAUGAUCUUAUGAUUAGUUUAAGGGCUGCUGCUGGACUGCCUUCUUUAGAAGAUGUAUCACCUUGUCCAAACUCGGACGAUGAAAGACUAGGUGCAUUAGUAUUAAAAAAUGAUGGUAGAAACACACUAAAAUUCUCUUUAAAAAGUAACAGCAGUAAGCCUCCAUUAGAUCAAUGUGAACAAGAAAAGAAUGUUCCUAAGAACUCAGGGACGAAUAAGAAGCAUUCCAAGAAAAAAAGCAGUCAAGGUAAUAAGUCAGUUGCUGAUCCGAAUGAGAUAUUUCUUGAGAGAAGGCAUGAAGCCAAAUCAAUGAGUAGUCACUUGGGAGAUCAUACUGUAGAUGUUAAUCAUGACAGGAAUUCUUUCAAGAAUAAUGAGAAUGUGUUUGUUUUACCUUCAACUCGAAGUUCAGAGAAGGAUCUGAAAUCCACAUCUGUGAAAGCUACAACAAACAAUGCAAAUACGAUACCAAAAGUCAAAAUCAAAGGCAGUAAGGUGCCGAGCCUGCAUUUCAAAGAUAUAGGUGAGGAAAAUAAUGCCAAUGGUGACACAGGGAAAGGUACCAAGUUGGUUAUUCAUCUUGGAACACGUCACAAAAGUAAAAGUGGCUCUCCUAAGUCUGAAAUGUCCAAUUCUCAUAAAGAGCAAGAGCUUGGUUCGACGCAUGGAGGGAAAACUGAUGUAACAAGCCUCUUCAAAAGCUCAAAGAGUAGUAAAAAGGAAAAAAGUGUAAUGAAACUAGUUGGGGAGACUGGAGUACAGCAAAGUAGCCUUUUGGGAGAUCUGGGCACGUCCAAAAGACAUGCAACUGGAAAGCGGAGCAGUGCUUUAAUUUCUGGGAUGGAAAAUGCAAAUGAAAGUGGAACAAGAAGCAGAUCAUUUGGACAUAAGCAAUCUAUUCCCAGUCAGCUGACAGAGAGCCAGGGCACUGCUUCAUUUGCUGUAAACAACUCUCCUGACAGCUUAAAGCCCUCAUUGCUUAAACUCAAAUUUAAGCGUCCACAUUUGGAGCAGCCAAGUCUCCAGGUUUCUCAAACAGAGGAGCCAGCCACAUGGGCUUCUCAGCAGGAGGACUUGAAUGUUGCUAAAGGCCAGAGAUCAAAGAGGAAAAGACCUUCAACAGACAAGAUGGAUGGCUCAGAGGGUAGUACUCCAUCCAAGAGGCAUGGGCAGAGCACAGGCGAUGAAGCAAUGGAUGCGACCUGGAUACUGCGCAAGUUGGGCAAUGAUGCAAUUGGGAAGAGGAUUGAGAUCCAAUUAGCUUCUGAUGGGAAAUGGCAUCAAGGGGUGGUAUCCAAUGUCAUCAGCGGCAUGCUUUGUGUUCAGUUAGAUAAUGGCAGCUCUGAGAACUUAGAGUUGGGAAAUCAGGCGGUUCGAUUGAUAGCUCAAAGAUUGAAGGGCGGAAAGAGAUGAAACCUUUCUACAUCUAAUCUCGUCUCUUCCUGGUAGUGCAGUGGGCGGAGUUCACCCGGCGGCUGGUGGCUCCUCCACAUGCUGCCGCUGACUGGACGAAUUACAGAGAGCAACCUCACUAGCUUGUCGCGCCGGUUACGUCACCAGUCUAGCAUGUAACAGACUUUUGUUUUCCGUGUUGUUUGAAGCUCAUUUGCUUCCAUUGAAUUGGUUAGUGUAGCAACUGGGAGAGUAGUUCGUUUUCCAUGGAUGUAAAAGAAGCGGUUAGCGUGCUGUUGUGAUGGUCUUGUACAUGUGGCUGUUGAAUGAGGAGAUCGAACGAGUUUUUCCUUGA